AUGGUGGAUAAUACAAAAUACAAGGAUACUACUACAAGUGCAAUGAUACCCCUGGUCCACCAGACUCGAGAAACCAAUGAAGAGUGGAGCCUGCUAAUUCUUGAUAGUACAACGGGCAUCCAAGUCCAAGUCCCUUUGCAUACCACACGCCUCAAAUUGCUCCCCCUCGGACCGGAACACCGCGACUUCGCCAUCAAGCUAGACUUGAAUCCCACGAAACAUAUCGGCCACGGCACACCACUAGACCUCAACCGGGUGAACGAAGUCCACAAGUACCUAGACCCGGCAACUGCGCACGUUUCAGGCCUCGGUUGUUGGGUUGAUUUCGUGGUCGAUGACUUUGUUGGCUGGAGGAUGCUGGCACCAUCUCCAGUCAAGGACAAUCUAGAGAAAUUCGGCACAGAGCGAGCCGACUUCGGCUACUGA